GACCCACAGUUAGUAGAAAGAGGAUAGAGAGAAGGAGAAAACUGUAAAAAACAAAUGUUGCCGACUGCUCACAACCUAACCAUGGUUACUUACACUACUCUUCUGCAAACCUCGAACCCAAAACUUUCAUACACAUGCAGCAAUUUUGGCACAGACUGAAAUCUUUCAGAAACAAAACAAAACAAAAACAGAUAUAGAUAGAUACAGAUACAUACACACCCUUCACCUCUUCAAAAAAAAAUUUCUACUCUUGUAAUAAAAAUAGAAAACAGGCAAAAAAAGGAAGGUUCUUGCUUCGUCUGAUCAUUUGCUAAAUAAAGUUCAUCAGUUAUGACAGCGAUUUGGAACAAUUGAGAUCUGAGAGUAAGAGGUGUGGGUUGGGUUGUCUGUAUUCCAAGAUUGAAUUUUUAUUGGAAAAGCUGAGAUGGGUUGGUGUUGGAUUGGUUUAUUAGACAUGUUCUUGGUUGGGUUUAUCUGAUUUUUGAAAAAGAAAGAAAAAAUUCAAUCAAGAAAGAGUGUGAUUGUGUGAGGGUUUUUUUGCAAUUUUGGGAUUUUGAAGUUCAGAGAGUGGUGGUGGUGGUGGUGCUGAGGGUGGAGAUGAAAUUGGGAUUAGGUAUGGGCGGUGUUGGGUGGAGCAAUGAGGAUAAGGCCACGGCGGCGGCGGUUUUGGGGACAAAGGCUUUUGACUACUUAAUCUCAAGCUCUGUUUCUGCUGAGUGUUCAUUAAUGGCGAUAGGAAACAACGAAAAUUUGCAGAACAAGCUUUCAGAUCUUGUGGAGCAUCAACAUCCCACCAGAAUUUCUUGGAAUUACGCAAUCUUCUGGCAGCUUUCGAGGUCUAAAUCGGGGGAAUUUGUCUUGGGGUGGGGCGACGGAUGCUGCAGAGAGCCGCGAGAAAACGAGGGUUCCGAAUUCACUCGAAACCCUAAAUCAAGAAUCGAAGACGAAUCCCUUCAGAGGAUGAGGAAAAGGGUUCUUCAGAGGAUGCACACUUUAUUCGGAGGAACCGAUGAGGACAGUUAUGCCUUUGGAUUGGAUAAGGUUACCGAUACGGAGAUGUUCUUCUUGGCUUCUAUGUACUUCUCUUUCCCGAGGGGUGUUGGUGGGCCCGGAAAAUGCUUCGGAUCGAGCAAGUAUGUGUGGUUAACCAAUGCUAUGGUGACACCUGUCGAUUACUGCGUUAGGUCGUUUCUCGCAAAGUCGGCCGGCAUGCAAACAAUUGUCUUGAUUCCAACUGACGUUGGUGUUGUUGAAUUGGGAUCCGCGAGAUAUAUAGCUGAAAAUUCGGAGGUCUUGAAUGCGAUUGGAUCCUCGUUUUCUUCAAGUAGUAGAAAUAAGCAAGUGGCGGCGGUGGGGCCCAUGAAAAAAGAUUCUAUUUCCAACGGAAUCUUUUCUAAUCCGGUCGCCGCUACACGCCAAGAAACCGUUACAACCAAGAUUUUCGGGCAGGAAUUGAAUGCGGUUAGGCCGCAAAUUAUGGAAAAGGUGGACGGUCGGAAUCGCGAUGCCGAUGCUGACGUGAACGGGAAUAGGAUGCCGACUCGGAAUGGGUUUCACCCCUCAGCAUGGACAAAUUCAAAUUACGGUAACGCCACGGGGGCAAGCUCAAUGUCGGUUAUAUCACGUCCACAAAGUGUUGAAUCCGAGCAUUCGGAUAUCGAAGCGGCUUCAUGCAAAUUGGAAGAGCCCGUUGGGGUAUUAUUACUAGAGGACAAAAAACCGAGAAAACGGGGCCGAAAGCCGGCGAAUGGAAGAGAAGAGCCACUCAAUCACGUUGAAGCAGAGAGGCAAAGGAGAGAGAAGCUCAACCAGAGAUUCUACGCUCUUCGAGCGGUUGUGCCGAAUAUUUCAAAAAUGGACAAAGCUUCGCUCCUAGGUGAUGCGAUCGCUUACAUCACCGAGCUUCAGAGGAAGGUGAAGGAUAUGGAGUCCGAAAGAGGAGGAGAAGCCUCAGCUUCCGAAGCUAGUAAUAAGAACGUUCUAGAAGUUCAAGAAUGGGGUUCGAGGGUUGAAGUUGAAGCGGGCCGUGAUAAAGUCACCGUUAGGGUUAGCUGCCCGGUUGGGGCCCACCCUGCCUCGAGGGUUAUACGGGCGAUAAAAGAUGCUGGUGGGAAUAUCGUUGACGCACAGAUGGCAACCGGGAGCGAAAGAGUGUUCCACACAUUUGUGGUGAAAUCGAACGGUUCAGACCGACUGACGAAAGAGAAGAUGAUAGAAGCGUUUUCGCGCGGUUCCAACUCGUUGUAGGAAAAGAUAUCGGUAUACUGCAGCUAAUGCUAGAAUUAGGGGGGUGGGGGGAGAAAAAAGUUUUUAUCUUUAGAUCAAUUAUAGUAAUAGCAAAAGUUUCUAUUUUGUUUAUAGUGUUAUACAUUUUAUGUUAUAAGGACCUAUUUUGCAGUAUUUUAUUAAAUUUAUGAAAAUUUAGAGACCUUAUUCU